AGCCCAAUUACAAGACAACUUCUCAAGCUAAGCCUUUGUCAUCCCUCUGCACGCCUUGCCCUCCAUUCAAUCAAUCAUAUCCCCACCAAAAUAAACCAAUUUGGCAUAAACCCUCCACUUGUUAUGGUUCUUGAAGCCUUCCCAUCAGUUUUUUGAGCAAUAGACGCCUGUUUUGCUGCACAGAAUUAUGCCAUGGAGGCCCUCAAUGCAGCAAGCUUAAGCCCUUUGGCUGUUCUUUCCGACAGAAAAAGAGAACCCAGAAAAAUCUCUCCACCCCCAUCUCAUCCCUCACUCAAAAUUUCAAAUUCUGCUAGUUUUAGCACAAAUUUACCAGUCUCACAAGGAUGUUCUUUAUCGAGAGGCUUACAAGGAAGUCUAGUGCUGUUAUCUUCAGUAGUUAAUGCUGGGAUUGCGGGGGCUAUUACGUACGAUGAAGCACUCCAACAAUCUGUGAGCACCUCUUCAUCUGGAGACUUAGAUUUAAAUGGGGUUGUCGAUGGGAUUGUAAAUUUUGGGACACAGAAUCCUGGAAUCGUGGUGGGUGGUGCUGCCAUUUUGGCACUCCCUUUAAUUUUCUCUCUUUUUCUUGGAAAGUCUAAGCCAUGGGGUGUUGAAUCCGCCAAAACUGCUUAUGCAAAAUUGGGUGAGGAUGCUAAUGCUCAGCUACUCGAUAUUAGAGCGCCGGUUGAACUCAGGAAAGUGGGUAGCCCUGAUAUUCAGGGUUUGGGGAAAAAACCUGUGUCCAUUACUUACAAAGGUGAAGAUAAGCCAGGUUUCUUGAAGAAACUUGGCUUGAAGUUCAAGGACCCUCAAAAUACCACAUUGUUCAUCCUAGACAAAUAUGAUGGGAGCUCCGAACUUGUUGCAGAGUUGGUCACUGUCAAUGGAUUCAAAGCUGCUUUCGCUAUUAAAGAUGGUGCAGAAGGACCUCGUGGAUGGACGAAUAGUGGUCUUCCUUGGUUAGCACUGAAGUCAGCUUUGAGUCUUAGCAGUCUGACGGAUGCCAUUGCUGGUGCACUUGGGGAGGAUUCCGAUGGCCUGCCUGCUGUUGCGACUGCUGCUGCUGCUGCAGCUACUGGAAUAGGUUUAUUGGCUUUUACAGAGAUGGAAACGGUUCUCCAACUUCUGGGUUCAGCUGCAAUUAUUCAGUUUGUGAGCAGAAAACUCCUAUAUGCUGAGGAUCGGAAGAAAACUUUACAAGAAGUCGAUGAGUUCUUAAACACCAAGGUCGCCCCGCAAGGGCUUGUCGACGACUUGAAGGACAUUGGAAAGGCUUUAUUACCGUUACCUGAUACUAGCAAGGCACUUCCUGCACCAGCAGAGGCAGCCGUGGAGACUGUAACAUCCAGUGACACUGUACAGAAAGCAGAAGCUGCUGCAGAGUCUUCUCCUGAGAUAAAUUCGGUUGCCAAACCAGAAGUUAAGGCAGAAUCAUUGCCCGGAAUCUCGAGGCCGCUUUCUCCAUACCCUUAUUAUCCAGAUUUCAGGCCUCCGUCGUCUCCUACACCGUCGCAGCCGUAACUGCAGAGUUAUUUAGCUGGGAAUUCCAGAGUCUAUAUUAGUGAAUUAUGGUGGAUGAGCCAAUUUUUAGUGUUUGAAAGAUGGUUAGGAUGACAGACUGGGUCUGUGCUUGCUCUUAGUCUUCACCAAAAAGUAUGCUGCUUUGCUUUGCUUUUCUUAAUGUAGCAAGUCAAUGAAAUUGUAUUUAUUUGCUGUGUCUCUUCCAACUUUGGCUCCAAACUCAAACUUUUGUAAUGAAGAUUGGAUUAGUUCCAAAUUCCAACUUAGACUCUCUCUGAUAUGAAUCACUUGGAGCUGGAAGAUUUGGAUCCUAACCAAAGUGGAAGAAGUUGUGGAUCCGUCUGGUGUCGUUUUCGUUUCUUGUAUUUAAUAAAGAAAAAUAGAAUUGCAUUCCAACA